AUUAGUCUAUAUCGCCAUAAUUUGCAAAGAACAACUUGACGACGACCAUGGCAGGCUCAACGGUGUACGUUUUCGACCGUCGCAAAGGCUCUGGACCAGCACGGGAAAUCACUCUUGAUGAUGUCUUCAGUUUUGCUGAUUUUAAAGAGUUAAUCAAGAAAGAGUUUGGAAUCACAGACGAAGAACAGUUUGUCAUUACUACCACGAACAACAGAGCUGAGAUCAAUACAUAUAAGACUUAUGAGGAGCUUGUUAAGGAUAAAGUCACUCUCCAGCUGCUGGUGGACCGCAAACAGGCUUUGCAGGCCUCUACCCAGGAAAGGGUGGAGUACCAACCCCACUUUGACACCCUCAUCAAGGGUGGCAUAUAUGAGUACUAUGCCAGCGAAGGACAGAAUCCAUUACCUUUUGCAAUUGCAGAACUGAUAGACAACUCACUAGCAGCCACUGUGAAUAAUGUCGGAACCCAACAAAUAGAAAUCCGAUUGUACCUGGAUGAAACAGGAGAUAAGAGCAUGGUUUGUGUCCUUGACAAUGGCAAAGGCAUGACCACCACAGAACUCAACAACUGGGCCAUUUAUCGACUCUCUAAAUUCAAUCGCAAGAGACAGAGACUAAAUCCAGAGAACAACAGUGAUGAAGAGAGAGACAUUCCCAGAUCGUUAAACAGUGACAUCUCUUACUUUGGAGUAGGAGGAAAACAAGCAGUGUUUUUCAUUGGUGAUUCAGCCAGGAUGAUCACUAAACCCAAAGAUUCUAAGGAUGUUCACGAGAUGACGGUAUCAAAGAAAAAGUUUGAAAGGAGAGAGAAGAACAAAGAAGACAUAUACAGCGACAUCAUCACACACAGGCAGCCUGGCCUGAAGCCUGGCGAGUGCAGUCACGUAUCACCACCAGGAGAUGUCAUUCUGCACAAACUGAUCAAGGAAGAGGAAGGCAAAGAGAACUUUACCCACGUCGUCAUCACCAGUAUCAAGUCACACCACAUCAAGUUCCUAAAAGAUGACUUCAGCAGUUGGAGCAGAAAACUGGCAAACAUCUACCACUACUACAUCCAUGGUCCACAAGGCAACCAGUCCCACCUGUCCAACUCCAUGUACCGUCCGCCAAGCCCCUACAAGAACAUUGACAUCAGUAUCACUAUGUACAUGAAGGGCCAUACGCCUCAGCAUCUCAACCUCAGAGACAUUAAAGAUGAUCCCCAAUCAAACUUCAUAAGGUUUGCCAAGGACACGUUUGAAUUCCAAGUUUCGGUAGGAACUGGACUGGUAGAGGGCGUGCUUCGAUAUCAUCCAUUCCUCUUUGACAAGGAGUCGUAUCCAGUUGAUCCAGAAUCUGCAGAACCUAAGGAAAAUGAUGUCGAGAGUGAUUACAACAAGGAAAAACCUGCGAGGGGUAACAAAGCCAUAUUUGAGUGCUACUGGAAUGGAAGGCUUAUUCCAUAUACAACGAUCGAACACUUUGACUGGUGUGCCAUGCCAAAGAAACGAGGCAACAUUCCUGUUGAGUGCUACAACAGGGUAUCUGGCGUCCUCUUUGCCAACAGCAAGUUCGAGGUCAGCACUAACAAACUGACCUUUAUUGACCUUGAUAUGAAGCUGAGGGAUAAGGACGCACUCUUUAAGAGAGUUGUUGGAGGUCAGUCCCUCAGAGGGAUUAUGGACAAACAGUUCUCUGAAUGGCUGCACAAGUGUCACGAGACGCAUGACAAACAGAUCUACUUCGGAGACUACGUGGGUAACAUCACAAGGCCAGAUCAACCCAAGAACAAACAAGAACCCUGGGCUGUGUUUAAUAGUGUGGAAUGGGAUGGAAAGGUGUAUACCACAGGGCAACAGGUGCGGACUUUGCGGACAAGUCCAAUUCUUUAUGGUUCAGUAGAACGGUUCUUGUUGUUUGGAUACCAUGAGAAUGAGAUCCAGAAUGGAACACUGUUUGCGACGGGAGGAGAGUUCGAACUUACGCAGGAGCCUAGAUUGUACAACGAGACCAAGAUCCACCCUCUCAGGAAGCUGGACAGGUCAGCUGAUGAGGGACAGAUACAAAAAGCUAUCGAUGAUGAAGAAGAAAAACUGCCAGGGAAACUUGUCAUCUCAUGGCCUGAUUUGCCUGAAUCAAACGAGCUUCAUGAAGGAGAGAAACGACCAGCUGGGAAACGAAUAGGUGCAAUCAAAGCUGAGAUCCACGACAUGAAAGGUCAGUCCAUGUCAAGACUUCCUGGAGCUCAGCAUAACUCUAAUAAACUCAUGGUGGAGAUGAAGAUAAUUUGGCAUUCCAAUGACGGUGACAAGGAGAUAGUAACCUUCGUGAGUCAACAUUCCAGGACAUGGGCAUUCUGGUUCAAACCAAUGGAAAUUGUCAGGAACAUUGGCCGUCAUACCUUGAUCCUGCAGACAGUACUCAGGGAGGAAGGAGCCACUGAAUUCGGAGGACGCCCUCUACCAAGUCACAAGAUCAAGUUCACAAGUACAGAGGGCCCGGCAAGAAAAUUUCAAGUUAGCUUUGAUAGCCUGGAUCCGACAUUCAGGGUAGACAUCCCAUUCAACAUCCCUCUUCAGCUACAAGACGAGUUCAAUAAUCCCACCAAGCCAACGCCUAACCUCAAACCAGUACUCGAAGCGAGGUAUACAAUUUUAGAUAGAUUUCUUCCUCAGCAUUUAGGAUUCAGUAUUGUAAUUAUCCAAUAUGAUUAUUUAUCCACCAAUGGCCUGCAUGAUGUGAGCUAUAAGAAGCUGAAAACCAAGGGCACCUCUCUUAUAGUGAAAGGAGUGAAAGCAUCCGGGGACGUUGGAUCGGCUCAAGGAAAGAUCUUCAACAUGACCGUAAUGAUACCUGGACUGGAGAUCCCCACUCAACAACUAAAGAUCAGAAUCUUUCCUGGUGAGCCACACAAGAUCACUGUGCCAACGUUUGAAGAAACUGAUAACCUCUGCAUAGAGAACCGCAAAGCGCUUCCUAUAUCGGUGGAGAUCAGAGACAGUGCAGGGAACUUCUCAGUGCACCCAAAACUUGUAGUCCAGUGCAAGUUUCAUGGUGCGGCUGGGUUGCCUUUGUACAAAGCAGACUGCAGUAACUCAGGGAAGGUUACUCUUACUGGAAACCCUAUCUUCAUCAAGAACAUCUCCAAGAAAUCUCACGAGAUCACUGCCAAAAUUGAACUACUGCACAUCAAAGGAGUCAGCUCUGUAGAGAAAGUCAUCACUGUCAAACCCAGCACCAGCGCCUGUAAGAUCAAGGUAUUCUUCUGCCAACACCAGUACCUUGAUGACCCAAAGAAAAAACCUGUCGAGGUGAAACCCAAAGGAGAUAUUGAGUGGACGGCCGGAGAGGAUACAUCACAGAUCAGUUUCGCUCUGUUUGAUGAGGGAGAUAACCACAUGAAGAUUACCAAGGAGCUGGCAAACAAAUUCAAGUUCAGCUGGUUAGCCAGCUUCAACUCCUCCACCCUCAUGGAGGGGUACUUGCCCCCUAUUAAGGUCCCCAAUACGGUGGGAUAUUCCAAAUUCUGUCGUAUAAGCUUCACUGAUAGAUCGGGCCUCGAUUUUUCCUUCAACAUCAAGCCAAUCCCUGGCGAGGCCACAAAGAUCAAGUGUCAAUGCAAAAAAAGUGUAAAGGUGAAGCUUGGAGAGAUCUUGGAUGGUGAUAUUGUCGUCCAUGUCAUUGAUGAAAAUGGGAACACUAUACAGGAGCUCCCUCAUGAUUGCCUGAGCAACCUCAGUGUGAAGGCAGAGGAUCUAGACACCGAAGUCCUGCAGAAAACCCUUCUACCUAACGUGGGCUUUUGCCUUCAGAACAUCAUGUUUGAGGGUUCAACGGUAGGGGUCAGGGAGGUCUUGGUGACGUACAACGACUUCACGGAUCACAUCAGAUUAGAGGUGCUUCCUGGCCGACCUGCGAAGCUGCUUGCGAUGGGCUGGAAGGCAAAGGAGACACUGAUAGCAUAUGAUGGCGUCCAGAUCAGCAAUCCAUUGGAUUUUCAAGUUCGGGAUGAAUCUGGCAAUCUAAUCUCCGAUGUAAACACAACUAUCUCACUGCAAUAUGACAAGACAUUAAAGGCGAGUGUUGCAUUUCACCAUCUUUUAACAUCUUCUCAAUUUUCUUAGACGUGAAAUAUACAAUAAAUGAGUGG